AUGCUGCUCUUCCCCAACGUGCAGCGGAAGGCGCAGGAAGAGAUCGAUCGAGUCGUAGGCUCUGGGCGGCUCCCAGACUUUGACGACCGCGAUGCGCUGCCGUUCGUGGAAUGCGUGUUGCAAGAGACCAUACGGUACGCGAUUCUCAACCUACUAGAAUUCAACAACAACUUAUUGAAGGACUUCAGAUGGCACCCAGUCGCUCCGUUCGGUAGAGACUCCCCCAUAUAUCGGCGUCCGGAUGUUGCUGACCUCGCAUUCCUAGCUAUUGCACACGGAAGUCUCAACGAUGACAUAUAUAACGAAAUGCUUAUUCCCAAAGGCUCUGUAAUCAUACCUAACGUGAUGGCAAUGAGCAGGGACGAGACGAUGUACAAAGACGCAGACAAGUUCCUUCCCGAGCGCUUUCUGCCCGCCCCUGCCGGCCGCGACGAGCCGCACCUAAGCGUCAUCUUUGGGUUCGGUCGGCGGAUCUGUCCCGGGCUGUACUUCGCUGACAACAGCGCUUGGAUCGUCAUCUCGAGCGUCCUCGCGGCCUUCGACAUCUGCAAGCCCAUUAGAGCGGACGGGACGGCAGUCGAGCCCCAGGUGGAGUACACCACGGAGGGCUUGGCGAGGCUUACAGUUCUGUGCUCUUUGUUGUGUAGCCGCCCGAGACCGUUCGAGUGCGUGCUGCGCCCGCGCUCGGAGGCGGCGAAGGCGCUGAUCGAGCAGCACGCGUAA